AUGGAGUUCCUCGGGCCCAGCGGCAAGGUUUCGGCUGAUGGCUAUAUUGAUUAUGACCUCAAGGCCCUUGAUAUUCCGGUUUCAGAGAAGUAUAAUUAG